CUUGCUUAGUUUUCUAUGUUCAUGUUAUUUUCACCAAAAGCCAUUUCUGUUAUUAGAAGACGAGUGGGCAAGUAAUCAGUGUUUCCAAAACCCCAAAACCUCCACAAACGAAGCCCCAAAUUGGCGAAUUCAGGCUUUUGUAAUUAUGCCGUGGAAAUCAUGAUCGAUGGUGGCGAUGAUGAUCCCACAGCAUCAGAAUCACGGCAAUCCACCCGCCGCCGUUGGUGGUAUUAGAUCCCCACAGAACCACGCCCUCCCUUCGCCUUCCAGAGUUCGCCUCGCUGACAUCCUGCCCUACGAUGGAGCUCCCAUGCCUCCCUACUUAAGGGCCGUCGAUGCCUUGUCCACCUCCCUCACGCGCCACAACGCUGCCAUCAUUGAGCUCGCCUCCGACGAUGCUGCCUUGCUCCGCUGCGCCCUCGACUCCGCCCGCCUCUACUUCCGCACCAGGAAGGGCGGCCGAGGAGUUUAUACCUACAGGGCUGGAAGGCCUUUGGAAGAUGUAGAUGCAUCCCCUCCAUGCUUGACUGACAUCUUCAGAUGCAUGGGUAGGGCAGCUCGUGCUGCUUUAUGUGCUAUAUCUAGGCAUCUUCAGCUGCGAAGCGAUGUCUUCAGUCACUUGCUUGAUGAUAGCCCAUUGCCUGCUGGCGAGCUGUCUUCAUCAAUUCUUGUUGCCACAUUUUCCCAGGUAUCAUCGCAACAAGGGAAAAUUGCAUCUGUGGGAGGAAAGCAUGCUUCAAAUUGGGAAGUGGAGAAGGGUUUGUUAAUGCUGAUAUCCUCAGAUGCUCCUGGUCUUCAGGUUUGUGACUCCAAUGGGCGUUGGUACCAAGCAGAUAGUAGCUUGUCUCCUGGGGAUCUUUUACUGCUUACAGGAAAGGCUCUCAGCCAUGCCACUGCAGGACACCGGCCUGCUGCUUCCUAUAGGGUCAUCUCUGAUAGCUCUCUGAUCCCACAUUGUGGUGGAAGGACAUCACUGGCAUUUAGGCUACUGCCACAAAGCAAUGCAAUUCUGGAUUGUACACCAAUUGCAGCAGCUGGGCAUGUGAUUCCUCAAAGCUAUGUGCCAAUAUCUGUAAGCCAGUUCAUGGAUGAUCUCUCUGCCGAGGAAGACAUAUUGUGUAACCAUGCUGAUUAUGUACCUGCAGAUAAUUUGAAUAGGGAGCCGUCACUAAGAAGUGUGCUGUCAGAUCCCAUAUCUGGCUCAUACCUUGAGGAUGCUACGCUAGUUUCUUGUGGACAUUCAUUUGGUGGUCUUAUGCUGAGGAAAGUGAUAGAAACUUCUAGAUGCACACUCUGCAAUGUAGAAAUCGAUUCUGGGUCAUUGAUCCCUAAUCAUGCUUUGAGAGCUGCAGCUGUAGCAGUCAAGCAAGAGGAUGAACGCAGACUAUUCCAUAAUGCAGCUCUGCGGAAACGUAGGAAAGAAGCAAAUGAGCACAGGGAAAAUGGUGAUAUUUCUCCAGAAAAUGGAUCGCAUAGAGGUGUACAAUAUCCUUUCUCAGUUAAUGAAAAGGUUAUUAUCAAGGGCAACAGACGGACACCUGAUAAGUUUGUUGGCAAGGAAGCAGUGAUAACUUCACAAUGUCUUAAUGGCUGGUAUUUGCUUAAGAUUAAUGAGACUGGAGAAAAUGUCCGCCUACAGUACCGGUCCUUGAGAAAAAUGACAGGUUCCAACGAUUCACAGGACAGGUGUGUAUCUGAACCAGUUCAGACCAGCAGCUGAUGGUAGGGAUAUAGCAUGGAUGAAUAUGUCCUCUCACAUCUCGGAGUCUGCAUAUGUUACAUAGUAAUUAUUUUGUUGAAUGCUCUAGUUUAGAGGUAGAGAUAGAAAAAGGGGAGUAGCCUUGUAGUGUUGUGUAGUUCCAUGCUGAUAUCAGCUUUCCUUUGUUCUCUGAGGAGGAAUCAGACGAACAUCGCAAUCCCACCUUAAUGGAAAGUUGAUCACAAGUUCACAAGAAAAACAAA